AUGAGUCGACGAGAGAGGUAUAGUGUUGAACCCAUUCCUAAUGAUGCUAAUGAAUUCCAAGACAAUGUAUCAUUCAUACACAAGUUUAUAACAAAUUGGUUGAUAACUGACCCCAGCUUACGCAACCCAGGCCUGGAAAAGAAUGUUAAGGCUAAGAACUAUCAGGUUCAGAAACACGAAAAUGUCCAGUUCAUAUAUUUAUGUGGAGGGAGACUAAGGAGUGUUAAGCAAAAGCCAAUUAAUGUUGUAACGGGCAUACUGAUAUUGAUUCCUGGCAUUCUAUUUUGGAUAUUUGAGGCAAAAUGGAUAUGGUUUCACGUAAAUCCAUCCAUAGUCAUAUUAUUUAGCUACUUUUGGCUAAUAACAGUUUCAUUCUUUAUAAAAGCUUCAAUGUCUGAUCCCGGGAUGUUGCCUCGGAAUAUUCAUGUUCCUUAUUCUAUAAGUAAUGCCAAUACUUCUCCCAAAGCGAGCCCACCAGACGAAUAUUUCAAUAUUAUUUCAUUACCAUAUAAUGCGGAGGAUCAUACAGGCGUUGGUUUAAAGUAUUGCGCAACUUGUCAUAUAUGGAGGUCUCCUAGAGCCAGUCAUUGCUCUGUUUGCAACUCAUGCAUCAUCAGUCAUGAUCACCAUUGCGUUUUUUUGAACAAUUGUAUUGGCUAUCGAAAUUACAAAUACUUUUUGUGGUUUCUAUUAUUUGCAGUUCUUGGCUGCAUACUCAUGUCCGUGAUAUCGUUUAUUCACGUAUUUUAUUAUCGGUUGGGCAUGGAGACAUCAGUAUCAACUUUUCGCAGCUCGAUAUCUAAGUACCCGGUGAGCUUCCUUCUUUGCAUCUACAGCCUUUUGGCUUUAGUGUAUCCAUUCCCAUUAUUAAUUUUCCAUAUAUUUUUGACGUCGUAUAAUUUAACUACUAGAGAGUACUUUAAUAAUGUUCGAGGUGUCAAGAAUCUGCAAAAUCACUUUACUAACCAUUUUGAUACUCAUUCAAUUUUUAAAAACCUUUAUAUAAAUUGGUUAGGUAGAGCCAGAGGCUUUUCAUUGGUCAGGCAAACUGACUCUUACCAAAUAGGUGAUCUAAGAUUUGAAAAACUUGACCCUUUGCAAUCGUUUUCCCUGUAA